AAGCUCCCCACCCGCAAGGACGUCUCGCUGCGAGAGUUUCUCAGCAAGAUUGACGACUAUGCGCCCAUUAUUCCCGAUGCAGUGACGCACUACUACAUGACCAAAGCCGGUCUGCCUCCGCCUCCGCAGACAGACCCCAAGCUCGCUCGUCUGCUGGCCCUCGCGACGCAAAAGUUCAUUGCCGACAUCGCGGCCGACGCGUAUCAGUACAGCCGGAUCCGCGGGGCGAGCAACACCAACAACCCGAUGGGCACGCUCGGCGCGGCUGCGGGAUUCCCCAUCCCGGGACAGCAGUCUGGGCAGCCGGGCAGCAAAGAGCAGGGCAAAGGUGCUCCGUUGGGGAUUCAGAGACCUGGUUUUGGAGGUGGUGGACAGGGCGGGAGUCAGAACCGGACGGUGUUGACGAUGGAGGAUUUGGGGAUGGCGGUCGGGGAGUAUGGUGUUAAUGUGAAGAGGAGCGAGUUUUACCGAUGA